CGAUCGUUCACUUUUCUUUGCAGACAAGAACUUCGUCCAUUUUGCUCGACUAAAAAUCUCUCGAAAACUUCGUGAGCUCGGCCUAAAAAUGUUUAGUUUUGUUGCUCGUUCGGCGAAUUUAUCUUCCGUAACUGUUGCUGCCACACAAUCGGUAGCAAAUGGCUCGAAAGCUCUGUCUCCGGCCGUUUCCAUCAACAUUGAACGAGUUCUAGUUCCACCACCAGCCCAAAAACUAACGACCAACUCUUUAACGGCUGGUUUGCCGAUUAAUCCGAUAAGAGCAUCAGUUUCAAUUGGAGGUCCUAGCCAGGUGCGAUUUGCUCACACUGAUGUCUCAGUCCCAGAUUUCUCUGCCUACAGACGCAGCAAUCUUAAAGACAGCAGUGCUGAUAACAAAUCAAGCGCACCUAGCCGACAAGGCUUCUCGUAUCUGAUUGUUGGCAGUGGAGCAGUUGGUGGUGCUUAUGCUGCCAAAACUGUUGUUGGUGAAUUUGUGGGCUCCAUGAGUGCUUCAGCUGAUGUUUUGGCUUUGGCUAAAAUUGAAGUUAAACUGAACGACAUCCCUGAGGGUAAGAACGUUACCUUCAAAUGGCGUGGAAAGCCCCUUUUCAUUAGGCAUCGCACUGCGGAGGAAAUCGACACGGAAAGCAAAGUUGAUAUGUCUACACUGCGUGAUCCACAACUUGAUUCCGACCGUGCCCAGCGUCCCGAAUGGCUGGUUUUGCUUGGAGUGUGCACCCAUCUGGGUUGUGUCCCAAUCGCAAAUUCGGGCGAAUUUGGAGGUUAUUAUUGCCCAUGCCACGGUUCUCACUACGAUGCUUCUGGCCGAAUCCGCAAAGGCCCAGCUCCUUUGAACUUGGAAAUCCCAAUUCACACUUUUGUGGAUGAAAACACUCUAGUUGUAGGUUAAUUUCGUUCAAAGACGGUCACUACUCGUGAACAUCUUUCUAGGAAAAUCAACCCAAAAUUAGCGUCUAUCCCCCUCUUGCUUUGUACAGAUACAAUAAAUACACGAUCCUGUAGCUGAGAGAGGGAAGGACUCAGUAAAUGUA